AGAAGUUGCCUAUUCUCUGUGCUCGCGAGUUGAAAAACAUCGAGAUUGAAAAUUUUCGUAGUUUGACCGUUUCCGUGCGAUAGACCCUUUUUAAAAUACAGUUUUUGCUUUAAAAUUUUGUAUUUUGGUGUGUAUGUCACCGAGAUCGAGUAAUAAUCGUACAGUGUGGUGUUUGACGGAUCCUCGUUUCGCAGUUCGUUUCUUGAGGAGAGCGAAGUUCUCGGGUGCAAACCGUUAUUCCCAAAUGAUGAAUCUGUGAGAUUCAGCUGAAUCGGUGCUCUCUUGGAGGAGUAACCUUGCGGAAAUACUAGAUUACUGGUUUUCAACAUGAAGUAAUACUACAGGAGGAUUCAUAUCUCUCAUCCUUUGCUGAUGUAAUCCUGAUACAGAAUUGUUUAUUGUGUGCUUAAGAACUAGCAGUGCUUUUUUUGUGCUAGUUCUUCUCUUUUGAAGUUUUCGUUUUCCAUUUCUUGGUUUAAAAGAUUUAAAAAUGUAAGUGCUUCUUGCACAUUCAUUCUCUUCUUGUUUUCUGUUCCGUUCAUUAAAUUUUAAUUAUUUCCCCAAAUUUUUUCUCCGGAGUGUGAGUGCAAUAAAAUGUGCGGUGUAUUGCUGUGAUAGUGAUUUUUGUAAUGGCCGGACAACACAAAGUGUGUGCGGCCAGUGCUGACGCGAAAGAUUAGACGUGGCUGCCCCGUCAUAUGGAGACGGUUGCCCAUACAGGCAUGCCCUCGCAAUCUCAAAUGGCUUACGCACAAAGGACUACAGCCCUUCACAGGUGAGGUUUUACAACUUGGCUUCCGAAGUUCCGAAGUUAAGGAUGAUGAGUAAAGCCCUGCUAAAAUGUGAGCCUUCAAAGGAGCAAUUUCGUCGAAGGAGUGCAGAACUGCUCAAAGAAAUAUUGCCUCUCCGUUUUAUUAUUUGCAAAGACUUGGUUCUCGUGAGGAAAAUAAUUUGUUCAAUGAAAUCCCAUUUGAAUCCAACCGCGGUUUGAAGUGUUAUCGCCUGAGCGUGUACCGUAACAAUCCCAAGUAUUCCAAUAUUUGUAAAUUCUUUUCAUGAAGUGCGUUCGCGGAUCACUCAGAAUCAGAUCGCUCCCAAUAGUGCAUAAAUGCAAGAAACAAAAAUGAAAUAUCCUGCCAGUGAUAUUUUUCAGUCAGCCUUCCUCCGGGCAGCGCAUUCGCAACCCGGGGAUGGAGGCGGUGGGGCCUACAAGCCUGUACGGACGGUCCAGUCUCCGGCGACGGCCACAUACUACCCUCCGGGUACCAUGCGCUUCGUCCAACAGUCCCCCUACGGCACCGCCGUUCCCUACCGGGACAACCCUUACACCGUCCGAUCACCGACGGUCGCACCGGAUCGACAAACUCCGGUCGAGUUCGUGCGGACGGAGGGCAGCGUCAUGACCCCGACCCCUGGGGGGCAGCAGAUGAGGCAGAGGAUCUCUCUGCUGCCGCCCGCCUCCGAUUACACCUCUGGCCUCCCUCCCAGGAGUAGGAUACAACCUAUUGAUCAAUACCGUGAUGGUCUGGUUGCGCCUACCUCUGGAACAACUGUACAAGUAGAUCAUACUCCGCCCAUCAAGAAAAUUAGACUAGGGGAAAUGAAACCAGAUCUCCAAACACCUCUCAGGAUAGAUACUAAGGAGCAGCAGCCGACAACAAUGUACACUCCACAAGUUGAAGCAAUUUCUCCAACUCUUCCAGCGGAUAACAUGCAAGAGGACGCCAAUUUCCGAUCUACGAAAGAUGAGCUGCUGCAGCAAAUUAGUAAAGUUGAUAGUGAAAUUGCCAAAACUGAAAGCACAAUCCAGAAGCUAAAAAAGAAAAACCAAGAGUUGGAAGAAGCAGCCAGCAAACCAGCAAUUAAGAAAGAGGAAGAAGAAGUGAUAAUACCAAAACACCAAAGUUUAGCGCAAAAAAUUUAUGCUGAUAAUAGGAAAAAAAGUCAAGAGGCGCAUUCCACUCUUGAGAAACUGGGUCAAAAAAUUGACGUGCCUCUGUACAACCAGCCUUCCGAUACUUCCAUCUAUCAUGAAAACAAAAGGAAGCAUAUGUUAUUUAAGAAACGGUUAUUAGAACAUCUGAGGCGGAAAAGGACCGAGCGUGAAACAAGAGAAAAGUACCUGACGUCAACUUACUCCAGACUUGUACAAGAAUGGCUGAGGAAGGUGGACAAGGUGGAGAGCUCUGCGAAGAGGAAAGCAAAAGAAGCUAAAAAUAGGGAAGCGUUUGAAAAAGUUUUUCCAGAGCUGCGAAAGCAACGGGAAGACCGAGAAAGGUUUAACAGGGUUGGAGCUAGAAUUAAGAGUGAAGCGGAUAUUGAAGAAAUUGUUGAUGGCCUUCAAGAACAAGAGAUGGAAGAUAAAAAAAUGCGUUCUUAUGCUGUGAUACCCCCAUUGUUAUUAGAUUCUCGCCAACGAAAUAUAUCGUAUCUAAAUAACAAUGGUCGUUGUGACGAUUUUGUUACGGAGUACAAAGAAAGACAGUUAUUAAAUGUCUGGUCGCAGGCAGAAAAGGAUAUUUUUAAGGAGAAAUUUUUGCAGCAUCCAAAGAAUUUCGGUGUGAUAGCUGCCUCUCUAGAAAAGAAAAGUGUACGCGAUUGUGUACAGUACUAUUAUCUUAGCAAGAAAACAGAAAACUAUAAACGAUUAUUAAGGAAGUCAAGGCAAAGGACGAGGUCAAGUCGAAAUCCUCAUGGGAAAGUAACUGGCGGUAACGCAAAUUCGGCUAACGCGAACGGAACGCCGAUGGAUUCAAUAUUGAAUAGUGUUAGCGGUGUAACAACGCGGCUCCAGCGGGAGCAGUUGCAGCAGAAACAAGAAUAUAAUAAUCAGUCGGCAAUAUCCGGUUCUAGCGGUUUAGCGAUCAACAGUGUUGUGAAUGGUCUCGAGCCUAGUGAUAAUAACGAAGAAGAAAGUAGUUCGAUAUUAGCGUCUAAUAAUAGUAAUGAGCCAUGUGCGGGUGAAGACACGGCCUCGCUAAAUUUAAAUAGUAGUAGUAACCAAUUAAAUUCAAAUUCCUCGCUGAAUAAAGAUGAGGUUCCGUGCUCGUCUUCUCCGAGUCCUUUUAAAAGUGAUGUUUUGAAAUUUUCUAGUUGUACAACGUCGACGACGCCGAGUCUAGUGACGCAUAAUUCGUUGCCGGUCUCGAGUUCGAAUUUGGCCUCCCAUCCAAUAAGUUCGAUACCUAGUGAUAGUAAUGGAUCUCUUCUUCCCUCCUCUGAUGCUCAAUCUACUAGUGUCUCCUCUGCUUUGUCGAUGACAUUAAAUACUGUGGCUGUGUCUUCAAAUAACAAUCAUAUUUUAAAUAGUGAAGUUAAAGUAGAAAAUAAAAAGAAAGAAAGGAGAAAAGAAGAUAAAAGUAAGAAAAGUGAUGACUUAGGCGGUGAUACAACAGAUGAAGAACUGGAUGAGACAAACGAAAAAGGUGGCGUUUACCCUUGUGCAAUUUGUAAAACGGAAGGCGUCGGAUCGAGAGCUCUGCUGAAAUCUCAAGCUUCGCAAUACGGACUCAGGGAAGAAGAUGUGCUGGCAGGGGCGCGUGUGUGCAAUCAAUGUCACUGUAAAGCUGUUAGGUCUAGGAAUCCUCCAUGUCCGCUGCCUUCGUGCCCAAACAAGGGCAACAGGGUCAAAAGGCUCAGAUCUUUGGCUGGCAAGUGGAAUGAACUACCAAAAAACAUUAAGGAUCCAAUUAUAGCAGAAUUUCAAAUUCCCCCAAACGUAACAAAAUGUUGCUCGGCAUGUUUUACUCGGAUAGCUCGGCGAUUAUCACCCUACAGUAAUGGAGAUGAAGCCAACAAUGUAUUAAGGUGGACUGAUGAAGAAACAGAGCUGCUUAAAACAGGAAUGAGGGAACAUGGAACUCGAUGGUCGGAAGUGUGCAAAAUAGUGGGUCACUCAAAAACCCAGCAUCAGUGCAAGAAUUUUUACUUUAACUAUCGGAAGAAACUAGGACUUGAUCUUAUUCUACAAGAGUACAACAAAACACAUGACUCGCACGAUGCUUUUGGCCGCGAAAGGAAACCAGCUUUAACCGACGAAGAAGAGUCAGGAUCAAGUACAUCUACUUGUGAUUAUGAAAUCAACCCUGGGUUGUUGGACAGUGAUACUGCCAGCGCCUCAUCACCCCAGAGACUUUCUGUGUCCGAAGACAAAGUUCCAUCAGUGGAAUCUUCUGCACCAGAGAGCUCAACCCUAACUUCCAGUGACAAAUUGCCGUUAGAAGAUCGCUUGUCUAAUUCUCCUGCCACCACCGCACCAACAUCAUUGAAUCAAGCUGCUGCAACCCAAGAGUCAGAAUCAACACUGACCAACCGACCUCUGAAUAAGGAAGACUAUGAUAGCUCAGCCACGGAGACGGCAGAUGAAGGGGUAGGAGAAACAAGUGGUAACGGCGGGGACAAGCCAGCGUCGACGUCUCCCCUAACCGUGAAAGACCUCCUAUCGAAUGUGAUCGAAAUGCAGCUCAUGAAAAAUCAAUUGGGUGGCAGUGGAUCGCAACCUCCUUUGCCUGCUGGCCAGCAAUCUAUGCCUCCAACUAUUUCCUCAAUUUUGAAAAUGGACCACGGGUUUGCAGUGCGAGAACUCAAACCGCGAGAAGAAAACAGCAAUCUUGCGACAUUGUCCGUUGUGAGCUCACAGCAUGCACAGCAGCAUGUUGCUCCGCAAGAUCUUCCCAAAGAAGGAUUAGUUGUUGUUCAGGUGCAGCAGGCUCUGCGUGAAAAUAGAGAGCCAGAACCGAUGACUUUAGAUCUAAGCAUCAAGAAACCUCGUAGUGUUAGUAGUAAUGAAUUUACAUCAAGUGCUCCUCCAUCUAGCAAUGCUGAUAAAGUCACAGCAUCGCACCCUCCUCUGACAGUUUAUCGCACGACUCCCCAUGCACCGGAAGGCUAUUACAACCCUCACGUUGUUGAGGCUGGUCGAAUUUCGAAAUCUCCCUCCAUUUUUGUUACGAACACACCCACUCCUCACCUAGUGAUGACACCUCACUCACAGCCUCUGCUCACUGUCAGGACAUCUCACAUCAAAGUACCAAACAAGCUGGGCUCCCCACAAUUACCGAACUCAAAACUGUCUCCAAAGUUGUCACCUAGCACAGGGCCAUCAAGGGAAGGAACGCCAGGGCCGCCUCCUCUGAGCAACAAAUUAGGUGGCUCUAUCAUGCAUGGGACUCCUGUCUCGGCACCCUCGUCUAUGUAUCCAACGUCACAAGAGUCCCAUUAUGACCCAGGAAAUCUACUCAGGCAGAUGACACCACCCCAGGUCAAGGAAUCGCCUCCAGGCUCUAUCACGCAAGGAACUCCAGUUCAUCAGAGGGGAAACAGCGUUUACGGUGCAGAUUUCUAUGUACAAAAUAGUAAUAAAGGAGCCAAUUCCCGCAACAGCAACAGUUCCUCAGCCCCUGUUGGAGGCUUCUACCCUCCAAGGCCUCCUGCGGCAGCUUAUACGGCUGAACAACGUCAAAUAAUCAUGAAUGAUUAUAUCACAUCGCAACAGAUGCACACCUCUGCUGCACCCAACACCACCCGUCGUCCUCCGUCCACUCCUGAUAAAGUCUAUUAUCAGCCUACAAGACAAGGUGUUAUUCAGAGGCAUAACACUAGCAAACCGCCCUCUCCGCAUCACUACCCACCCGGACAUGAAGCCUUCAGUUCGCUUGUUGACGUGGCCAGUCGUCAGCCCAGUCUCCCAGUGCCGAUCCCGGACCCUCAUCCACACAAAGAUGACAAACGCUUCGAAGGCCUUGGUGACAGGUUCAACCGAGAUAGUGCUCAAGAAAGGUUUCCCAGCCGUGAACAAGAUAGGUUUAUCCGUGAAAAUCAUCAAAUUUCCCAACAUCCAUCGGUGCAACAGCAAAUAGCAGCACAUCAACAUAGGGAAAGAGAAAUCCAUCUGGCUCAACAAAGAGAGAUGCAGCAACGCCAACAGCAAGAAGUACAGGAGAGGGCAGAACGGGAGCGCGACAUGUUGCGGCACCAGCGGGAAAGGGAAAGGGAGCAGCAGCUAUCGCGGGCAAAACAGAUGCGUGAUAAUCAACUUGCGCACGAGCAUAUCAUGAGACAGCAGCAGCAGUCUCAGCAACAUCAGCAACAACAACAGCAACAGCAACAUCAGCAACAACAACAACAGCAGCAGCAGCAACAACAACAUCAGCAACAGCAGUCGCAGCAGCAACAGCAACAACAAUCGCAACACUCAAAUCCCCAAUCGCGGUUACUAGAGGCACAGAGGAUGCAGCACAUUCCGAGUUAUCAACAGAGGAUGACGCCUUUGCCUCAGUCGUCUCCCAGCGAAAAUGAACAAGCACGACUCAUACAAGUUUCAACGCCUCAUUCGUUUUCGCGUGAAGGCACGCCACAAACUGUUAGUCGAAGUCAACCAGAAUCCAGAGAAUCAUCAACUCCAACUAGUCAAACAAGCACAAGCAGGUCUUCCACUCUAACAGCCGCUAGUCUCAUCGAUGCGAUCAUCACCCACCAAAUCAACCAGACUUCUGAUUCUGGUCCGCAAGGUCAUGGGAAUCAGCCUUUAGGAUCUCGUGCUGGUGAUAGAUUGUUUCAGAGUGUUCACAGGGAUGGGCCUCAGCAAACAGAGAAUGGGAAACUUUCUCCGAUGAAGCCUCCCCUAACAGCUAGUCCUGACAAAGAACCUCAACGGCUAAUCACUUUAGGAGAUCACAUUGAUGCAAUAAUAAACAAAGAUUUUGCCCAGCCAAGAACACCUACGCCUCAGCAAGUGUAUCCUGGAUAUGAACCUCAAGCUUGGAAGCUACGCCGAGUGUUGCAGCAAAAAGAAAUUGAAGCAGCUGCCGCUGCAAAUGCUCGCGACAAGAACGAAGAAAGGAACGUUGUGAGGGUAGCAGGUCAAAUAUAUUACUCAACUGAGCAACCGCUUUCCCCUCUAGAUUAUGUGAAAAAUCGAAUUGUGGAAGUUAUGCGAACAUCGGAGGAAGACAGCAACAACAAGUCCCGAUCGGAUGGGAGUCCCAGCGGUGGCGGUGACAUGAUGAUGGACGAAUCGGAUAGCCAACGGCAUCCAUCGCCACGUCCUCAACCAUCGACGACUCCCCAUCCACCCCCACCUCCACAGCCAUUCUUAACGACGGCUAAUGCUACUUACGCUUAUCCUUACUCAGCGCUUCACCUCAAUUCGCAAGUAACACCCCCUGUCCCUGUUUCGGCGACAAACGCAGUGGUGAAAACUGGUGCACCUCCUUCCUCGAGCUCCUCGGACAUCCCCCCGGAACCAGCACCACUCUUAUCUGCUCAAUACGAACCCUUAUCUGAUGAGGAUUAACACUUUCAUGUACAUUUUUUGAUCUCAUUUUACUGGCUGGAUACAAUUUGUAUAAAAUUUUGUAAUAUUACGUAUUUUUUUAUUCCGACACUAACAUUUUUGACAGCAACAUGUCAAAAGCGAUUAAGUUUCUUAAGCUUUGAUUUUUUUCGAUUUUUUUUUUAAAAUUAAGAUUCAUUUCUCUUUCUCUCUCUCUGAUGAAACAUGGAAAGUACAUCCAGGUUUAAUAGCAGAAACCUUUUUUAUGUUUUAUUUUUGAAGGUAGGGUAACCUCUGACUUUAAUUAUCUUAUUUGAAAUUGAAUGCUGUCUGAACUGAACCAUGUUUUGAAACUAGUUUUGCUCAUUUGACUUUACUCUCUUCAAGUUUUUUUUCGUUUUUUUUUCUCAUGUAAUUGUUAUCAUACUUAAUUAUUUCAGACUAAUAUUCAGACUCCUUGCUCUAUGACAAUAUAAACUUUUUUCAAAAUUUGAAAAAAAAUCCCUCAGCAAUAUGACUUAUAUUAUUCUUUUUGUUUGUAUGUAUUAUUAAUUUUUUUGCAAGCCCCCUUCCCCUCUGUCAAGUUUAAGACUUAUUCCAAUCACCGAAUCUGAACCUGAUACAUGAUGCAUCUGCUUCCCUCUAUCUAUUUGAUUUUGAGUUUAAGUAUUUUAAGCUGUAACGCAAAGGGUUAUCCUGCUAGCCUAGCAUCAUAGACCUGAGAAACUGUACAGUGGAAAAUAUUCAAAUGAAAGGUUAAUUAUCUAUUGUCACCUAAUUUGACCAUAGCCAUUGAAUAGAGGAAUGCAUGUGAUUUUUCAAGUGGUAAAUCCAUUUUCAUUGUCCCAUUGACAGAUCGUAUAUCUUCUAUUGCUUUUUUAGAAGUUACAUUUUUGCACUCCUUCAAUAUCUCCUUUGCCUAGAUCCUAGGAGACUUCCAUAAAUUACCUUGGUUUAUCGCUGCCCGAACCAGUAAGUUCCGCUGUAUUUGAUCAAUCUUGUUUCACUGCCUGCCCAUUGUGGAUAAUCAAGUCAAGGUUCGAGUCAUUCUGUACCAGCUGGGAUUCAGCUGUAUUAGUCUGUGGUAUUUUUCACCCUAGAAUAAUGUAGUUAACAUUUCAAAUUGUUAUGUAUCCUGCCAAGACUUUAAAAGUGCAUUUUUUUUUUUCAAGCCUGUGAACUUUUUAUUCUUUUGAGGACGUGGCAAAUGCUUUAACGGAGAAACCCAACCGAUAAAUUUGAAAAAAUUUCAGUGACGGGUACAGGUCUGAAAACUGUAUCAUGUAUGUAUUCGAAACUCAUGACAUAACUUGGUGGUCCUCCAAUCAUCCUUGUUCAAAAUUGAUUUGUAGCAAAUGAAUUUCUUAUAUUCUAUUUGUACUAUGCUACCUCUCAGUUUUCUCUCUCUCAUUUAUUAAAAUAAGUACUCGGUACCGACCUUUGACUCUCAAUCUGGUGGUAUUAUCUCCAGCGGAACAAUUCACUCUGAGGUUGUCGUGCUGGCUAAGUAUGAAAAUAUUAGAAGCAGACAACCUCUAUUUUUGCACCCACAAUCGUGAUGAGCUGAAUUUUCUCAAGUGAAACAUUGGUGUUUUUUUUGCUUUAAGAGCCAAGCAGGGUCUGAGCGGUAGAAAAGAACUCAGCAUUAGCCUGAAAUUGUUUAUCAUUUUCAAACUGAACCACCACUACCACAUCAGUGUUUUAUUUUGUAGGAGUCACCCUUAGGUCUCUAAUCUUCAAAAUUCUGACUGAGUGAAACUUACGUUUUGUUGAAAUUUUGCUCAUCAAAAACGAUUUUGCAGCAAACUGCGUUCAUUUUGAAACCUUUGUCCAAUUCUCUAUCUCUGUCUGAAAUUCGUUUGUAUUAUGUACAUCAUACAAUGUUUUAAAAUUGAAAUUCCUAAAAUCUCAGUUAGUUUGCCUGUCCCUCCCCCCCUUUUUGGCUGAAAUAGAAAGAAAACAAAUUUGAGUUUCUAAAUUUAUCUGGGCCCUGAAUUAUGUAAUUUGCCUGGAAAGAAAGCUGCAGCACCUUCUCAAAUAGAAAGUAUGAGGACUCAGUUGUGAUGAAUAGAUGUUUCAUCAGGCAUUAAUUGUUUAACUAAUAAUUUUAUACUUGUUCAAUCUAAUUGCAUUACAAAACAAUUCUGUGCAUUUUGUAGAAAGUUACGAUGUUAGAGCUACUAUUUUAACAUUUGAUAAUAAUGAAUUAGUAACAUUUUCUAGAAGAGCAGAGAAUUGGUUCUUCUAAGAACUAAUGAUUCUUUCACUUAAGAAGUGAGCUUCAACAGUUAAUAAUUUUCAUUAUAAAUUGUAUCCUUUGUGUAAAUAGUCAAUAUAGCUUUCUCUCACGGCAAAAGAUAUUAACUAAUUUCGAAUUUGUUACAAUUUUGUAAUUAUUUUUCAAUUCUAGUUCAACGACUGUUUGUAAUUGUUUUGUUAAUUUGAUUAUAGCCACUAUUUAACUAUUGUUAUUGCUUUCAUUACAAACAGUUAAUUUUUUAUGGUUAAGGAACUGUUAGGGUUUGAAAUGCUGAGUUGAGAGCACGUCAGCGUGUAGAAAUUAUCAAGAAAUUUUAGAACUUACACAGUUGAAAAUGUUAAAAGAUUUUUUUUCUUCUAAUUUUUUAUGUUCUGAUCCAACUCAAAUGUUUAUGGCGUUGAAUGACUUUUUGAAAUUUCCCUCCGAAA